AUGAAUCAAAAUCAAAUAUUUUCAAAUGAAAUAUUCAAUGAAAUAUUUCAUUUUCUUUAUGAUAUGAAUGAGUCUUUGUUUAAUUCUAUAUUGGUAUCAAGAAGAUGGGCUAUAAUUGGUAUUCCGAUACUCUGGCAAUUACCUUUCAUGAAAUAUAAAGAAAUUGUAAAUGAAGAGAAACGUGAAAUUAUGAUAGAAGAUCUCAUUAUUCAGAUAAAGAAGAAAUCAACUUUAUUUGAAUAUUUCAAAUAUGUUAAAAUGAUUGAUACUUGUUUAACAGAAAAAUUUCAAAUCAAGACUAGA